AUGCCGAUCCAGCUACUACCCGCGUCGGCUGCUGCCUUUGCGCCACGCUCAACCGUCAACGUCGUUUUGCAGUCCAAGGCCGAAGCCUGGCUGACGCAGACGCUGAAGCGCGUCAACAGAGUGAAGCGCCCGUUGAACAGCGUGCAGCAGCACACGAGAUGCCUCACAGAACUGCUGUCCGGAAAGAACGCCAUCUGGUCGCUCAGCUCCAUCAUGGUCCCAAAGGCCCCGGACUCGGAACUGCGCAAGGACUCCAACCCCCUGGUCGAAGCGUUGUUCAACUACCAGCUCAUCCACAUCGAGGCCUACGUGGUACACGUCGACAUGGUUUCACAACAUGAGGUUGCAUUCAAGCUUACACAGGAGACCAUUGAUGCGCUUGUCGAGUACCACAAGGACAUUUACUCGGUCGACGUUGCCGCCAGCACAUGGGAGUGGGCCGAGAAGGAGCAGCAGGUCAAGAAGCUCCAGGACGCUUUCGUGCAGGCUGUGAACCGCUACGUCUUCCGCACCGGCGCGCGCGCUCUCGAGGGCAUGGAGGAGGAAGGCGCCGGCGAAGUCCUCCAAGGCCGAUGCGAGGACGUCAAGGCUGCCGUCAUGGGCCUGUUCCAGCCGCUCCUGCCUCCUCCCCCCAGGAUCGUCGACGUGGUCCGCCCUGCUCCUCUUCUGCCCAGCACACCUGGUGCUGCCAACUGGUGGGCGCCCACGCAGUACCUCUCGCCGCCCCAGAUGGAGUCGUGGAAAAUGCUCCCUUCGACACCCAGCCCGACGAUGACGACGUGCAGUGAGCACUCGCCGACGUACUGGAACACGAUGGGAAGCACGCAGAGCAUGGAGCCUUUCCAGCUGCCGUCGCCCACCCCGUCGUUUAGCCAGCCAUGCUACAGCUCGACGAGUGGGUACUACAGCCCGCCCCAGGCCGUCGCACCGAUUCCCUGCCUGCCUCUGCCGAGCGUGCUGGCCCAGCAGUGCGGGUCAAGCGCAGCACAUGGCGGAUUCGGGGGGUUCGGGUGGGACACGGGGUUCGCGACACAGUACGCAGCGUUCACAUAA